AGUUUCGGAUGACACAAUCUGCUUCGACACUCCGCAGGGCGCAGCCUCCGCUAUCGCCUCAGGUGACAAGGGUCUCACAUUUGAAAGUUUGGUUAGGGUCUCUCAAAAUAUUUGGAAUCUCAGGGCCGCCCUGAGUAUUUGAACCCGGUUUAUGAAGUCUGCGAGGAACCAAUGUGGAUUUGAUUUUACCACUCUUAAAGAUGCACUCGCACUGUUUGUUCAAAUGUCUCAAAGGCGACCUCUUCCUUCAAUUGUGCGUUUUACUCGAUUGAUAGGGGCCAUUGUCAGAAUGAAACAUUACACCACUGCAAUAUCUUUGCUUAAUCAAAUGGAAUCCUCUCGAAUGUUUGAGCCAAACAAGUAUACUCUAAGCAUCUUGAUGAAUUGUUAUUGCCAUUUGAAUCGGGUCGAUUUCGGUUUCUCUGUUCUGGGGAGAACUUUGAAGCUUGGUUAUGAAGUGGACUGUACGAUGCUCAACACUUUGAUGAGGGGGCUAUGUAGUAAGGAUAAACUAGGCCAGGCGGUAAAGUUGUUUAAUGACAUGGCGGCGAAAGGAUUUCGACCUAAUGCAGUUACUUGUGGAACGAUUAUAAAUGGGUUGUGCAAAACGGGGAACACCAGAGCGGCUAUUGAGUUGGUUAAGAAGAUGGAAGAGAGAAAUUGGGUUGCUGAUGUUUUUGAUUAUAGCAUGAUCAUUGACAGUCUUUGUAAGGAUAGACUGGUAGCUGAGGCUUUUGUCUUCUUUUCAGAAAUGAUCCGUAAAGGCAUUUCCCCCAAUGUUGUCACUUACAACUCCUUAAUCCUUGGCCUAUGCAAUUCAAACCAGUGGAAUGAGGCUACAAGGUUGUUGAAUGAAAUGGAGAACAAAAAAAUCAAACCGGAUGUAAGAAGCUUCACUAUAUUGGUGGAUGCACUUUGUAAGGAAGGGAAGGUUGCAAAAGCAGUAGAAAUAGUGGACGUAAUGAUUCAACGAGGUGUGGAGCCUAAUACAGUCACUUACAGUGCACUGAUGGAUGGAUAUUGUCUGCAAAACAAAUUUCACAAGGCAAAGAAGGUACUUGAUUUGAUGAUUGGUAGGGGUUGUGCCCCUGAUGUUCAUAGCUAUAGCAUCUUGAUUAAUGGAUAUUGUAAGAAGCGGAGAAUGGAUGCCGCUCUAAGACUUUUUUAUGAAAUUUCUCAGAUAGGAUUGGUUCCUGAUAUUGUUACUUACACCACUCUUAUACGUGGUUUCUGCCAUGCGGGAAAACCUCUAGUUGCGCAACAACUUCUGAAUGAGAUGCGAGCCCGUGGCCAACAUCCUAAUCUUAUGACCUACUCUACUUUGUUAGAUGGAUUGUGUAAAAACCAAUGCUUAGCUGCAGCAGUGGCUUUGUCUCGAGACAUGGAAGAAAGUGGAAUGCAUCCUAAUAUUGUGGUUUAUAGCAUCCUCAUUGAUGGUAUGUGCAGAGCUGGAAACAUUAUAGCUGCAAGGGAACUCUUUUAUAGUCUUUCUUCCAAAAGGUUGCAACCUGAUGUUCGCGCAUAUACCAUUAUGAUCAAUGGUCUUUGUAAGGAAGGGUUGUUAAGCGAAGUAAACGCGUUGCUCGAGAAAAUGGAAGAGAAUGGUUGCUCACCAAAUGGUUUCACUUACAAUAUAAUUGUCCAGGGAUUUCUUAGAAACGAUCAGACUUUAAGGGCAAUGCAACUUCUUCAAGAAAUGGUUGAGAAAGGAUUCUCUGCUGAUGCACGUACUAUGACUCUAUUAUUGAAGUUAUCAAAUAAUAGUGGAUUGGAUCAGUCAGUUUUGGAGAUGCUCAAUAAGAUUCUGUGAUCUCUUUUAGGUUUUCUCAUGUUAGGUGGAAGUUUCAUAUUUUGUUGGCCUUGUAGUGUGCUGUAUGUAUGGCCUAUAGAUGCUUGCAUCAGUGUCUUUUUCCUGUUUUGGGGGUGAAAUUAUUGUUCCAUGAGAAGUACGAAGGAGAGAACCUGAGUUGGGUGAGGUUGGGGAACUUAAGAAGAAUGCCGGAGGGAUUUGUAUAAAACUGGUUGACUAGAUGGGAUAAGGAAGGUGGUUUGGUGAAUCAGAAGCUGUUUUUAAUCUUUGUUCUGUAUGUGCAACUUUUGUGAUUGAAGCCUCUUUGAUACCU